CGGGAAAGGGAAGAAACAGGGACAAGCGGGCGCCGAGGAAGCCAAGAGUUUCGUGACGAAAAAGGUGCUGGAUCAAAGCGUCCGUAUUAAACUCCUAGGCCGUGACCAGUACGCGCGUGCCAUCGCCUCCGUUGCUUACGGCCCUGUUGCCUCCAUCCCUUUCCCGUUGCCGUCGUUUUUAAAGAAAGAUCUCUCCACCGACUUGGUAAAAGAAGGAUUUGCCGUCAUUUAUCGACAGAAAGGAGCCCAUUACGACGGGAAAUUGGGGACGUUGGAAAGGUACGAAGCCUGGGCGAAAGCGAAGAGGAAAGGCGUCUGGCAUGGGAGGGAUGUGGAGCUUCCGCACCAGUUCAAAGCGCGGAUGAAAAAGGCGGCGGCCGAGAAGACCUUGGCUCCCAAGGGAGGGUGAGGCACCAGAGAAAGAAGAAAUGAGAACGAUGGAAGGCGAAGGGAUGCCUGGUGGAGGCUACGUUACAUAUGAGCCUACAUGGCUUCAUCGUGGCGAUUGGAG